GCCUGCUCCGACAGACAUUUGGACAGCGACUUCUCAAAUUGAAGAGGCUGCAGACUUGCUCUCUACCACACGCUCUCUCGCAAAAGCCGCUCAACCAUGCCCCCCUCAGGAACGAAAACCAACAACACGCCGCCCCGCGCCCCGGCCGGCACAAAAGACAAAAAGUGCAUCGACGCUCUUACUGCCCUCGUGAGCCGCUACCAAAGCAUAUCCAUCCGCGACGUUCUGGAGGCGCCCGAAAUCACGGACAAGUUCGGCCAUCUCCUGCCUGAUCAAGUCGCUGUGAGGCGCGUGGUGAACAGGAAGGUUGUCGCGCACGUCAAGGUAGUGGGGAAUAACCCUGUUUUUGUGCCGGGCGUGGAAGAGGAGCCGAAAUCUGUUCAAGCGGGUGUUGCACCUGCGGCGUCCAAACCUACGGCUGCGAGCGUUGUGGAGGACGAGGAGGACGAAGAGGAAGAGGACGAAGAGGAAAAGCAAAAUAUAGUCGCGCUUCCUCGCGAUCCUCUAGAACUACGUUCCACAGAGAGUGGCAGCGGAACUACUCCCAUAGUGGAAAACGGUUUCACUGGGAAACCUUUUCGUUUCGUGCUGAACGAGGGCGACCACUCGGCUGGGACAGAUCUGCAUGCCUUUUUUGCGGGCGGUCGCGCGUUGCAUAAGGAUGUGCGAUUGGAGGGUGUGCUUUUGGGCCAGGACGAAACCGCGCAUACUCCUCAAUACGGUGCUAUUGGAUCUACUGUACCCGACGAGUCUCGGCGUACGGACGCUGACACGAUGCAAUGCGACGAUGGGAUACUUGUUGGUGAUGGAGGUGCCAGCCAUCGUGUAUACCUCAACACGCAUGCUCCGUUCUGUUUGUUAGCGGUUGGCGUGCAAGGGUCCGGCAAAUCGCACAGUAUCGCGACCGUCGUGGAAUCCAGCAUGCUGCAUAUGCCGCCGUUCAUCGAAGCCGAGCCGCAAGUUACGACCAUGGUCUUCCACUACGACCAGUCCCAGGACAACUACUGCGAGCUGCAUACCCUCACCAGGCGCCAUAGAGACGCACCAACAUGCAUACCGGUCGUGUCGCGGAUGAUCAUCCUCGUUUCGCCGUCUUACUACGCCCAACGCAAGGAGUACUACAAGAACGUCCCGAACUGCGAGGUGUUCCCACUCCUGUUCAGCUGGGCCGACCUGGACGCCGCACAAAUCAAGCAGCUGAUGCGUUUAGAAGUCGACGGCAAUGUGCCGCUUUACAUGGCAUCUAUCCUCGACAUGCUGCGGAAGAUGCAAAAGAAAGGCACCUACCCCACCUACGCGUCGUUCAAGGCCGAACUCACAAAAAUGGAUUUGACUGGCCAGCAGAGUUCCCCUCUGACCAUGCGCCUCCAAGUCCUAGAAUCCUUCCUCACCGAUUCUCCCGAAAACAAAAACUUCUCACGCCUCGACUUCACGGCGACGCUCAACUCUCCACUCAAAGAAACCCCACUGAUCAUUGUCGACCUCACCGACCCGCUGCUCACGCCCCCUGAAGCCAACAGCAUCUUCCAGGUCCUGUUCACCAAGUUCGUGACCACUCCUACGAAAGCCGGGAAGCUUGCUGUGUUUGACGAGGCGCAUAAAUAUAUCUCUGCGUCAUCGGCGUCGACGCCCCAAGAUGGACUUAGUGCUGCGCUCGUGUCUGCGGUGCGACAGAUGCGUCACCAUGGCUUGCGCGUGGCGAUCUCGACGCAGAACCCGAAAGGUCUGCCUGGCGAAUUGCUUGAUCUCGUUUCCGUUGCUCUUAUUCACCGGUUCCACUCUCGAGACUGGUUCGACCACCUCCGCCACAAACUGCCCCUCACACCCGACCUCUUCGACCACAUCAUGGCCCUGCGCACCGGCGAAGCACUCAUCUUCAGCCCGCGCUGGGCACCCUCAUUGCGACCCCGCGGCUGCAGCAUUAAGAUUCCAACAGGCGUCGGCGCGCAUGUAAGACAAGUGGCGAUGCGAGAAAGGAUUACGGCGGAUGGCGGGGUGUCGAAGGUUGCGUUGAGGGCGGGGUAGGGUGUGUGGGGGUUUCUGCUAGUGUCUUAUUGAGAUGAGAUGGGUAGAAGUAUUUGGAUGCUGGAUGUCCUAUUAUCAGAUACCCUGGCGUUGUAGACAUCAUAGGCUCGUGACAUUUCGUAUACCCCUCCCCACGUUUCUUCUAUGUGUUCUCAGCUUAGCAUUCCGUGUUGGAACAACAACUGAUACCCGUUGCAUAAACCCUGCGUAUGGGUUUCGUGUGAUCACUGAGGCGCAUUCUGGAAUCCCCAUA